UCUGUAUUGCAUUUCUGCACAGUCACGUUUCUGUCUCCGCUGUUUUUUGUAGGUUUGUGGGGCGUUUCAAGUCCAGGAAGGAGAGGGAAGCAGAGAUGGGCGCCAAAGCCAAAGAAUUCACAAAUGUUUACAUCAAGAACUUCGGCGAGGACAUGGAUGAUCAGAGACUGAUGGAGCUCUUUGAUAAAUAUGGUAAAACUCUGAGCGUGAAGGUCAUGACUGACCCCACAGGGAAAUCUCGUGGAUUUGGGUUUGUGAGCUACGAGAAUCACGAAGAUGCUAACAAAGCUGUGGAAGAGAUGAAUGGUACAGAACUCAAUGGUAAGAUGGUGUUUGUUGGCCGAGCACAGAAAAAGAUGGAGAGACAAGCAGAACUCAAGAGGAAGUUUGAACAGCUCAAACAGGAAAGAAUCAGCAGAUAUCAGGGUGUAAACUUGUAUAUCAAGAAUCUUGAUGACACCAUCGAUGAUGAGAAACUUCGUAAAGAGUUCUCUCCUUUCGGCUCCAUUACCAGUGCCAAGGUGAUGCUGGAGGAUGGCAGGUCCAAAGGUUUUGGCUUUGUGUGUUUCUCCUCACCUGAGGAGGCCACAAAGGCUGUGACAGAGAUGAACGGGCGUAUUGUGGGCUCUAAACCACUGUACGUAGCCCUGGCCCAACGCAAAGAAGAACGCAAAGCUCAUCUGACCAACCAGUACAUGCAGCGUAUUGCUGGCAUGAGGGCCAUGCCUGCCAAUGCUAUCAUCAACCAGUUCCAGCCUGCCGGUGGUUACUUUAUGCCAGCUAUGCCACAG